UAAGCAGAAGUUCAUCUGGGACAGAGGAGCGCGGAUGCUGGGGUCUGCUUCGGGUGCUUCUCUCCUUCGCAGCAGCCCCGCCUUACGACGCCACCGCUGGUCCACCCCGCAUCUGUCACAACUGCAGCUGAGCACCGCGGCAUGUCCUUACUCUCACCGGGAAACAGCUGAUGUACUCAUAAAGGGGAAAAAUGUCCGAAGUACGGAAAUUUACCAAACGGUUGAGUAAACCAGGAACGGCGGCGGAACUCCGGCAAAGCGUGUCGGAGGCUGUGCGGACAUCAGUGAUUGUGGAGCAGCCAAAAAUCAUCGAGCCGCUGGAUUACGAGAGCGUGGUGUUCCAGAGGAAGGCGCAGAUCCACAGCGACCCGCACCGUGACCUCCUGCUCUGCCCUGUGGAUGACGUCUCGGAGGCUCAGAUUUCGCGGCAGAGGAGGACAGUCUUUCCGUCCGUACCCCAGAAUGCCGAGCGGGAGGCCAGGAGCCUGUUUGCCAAAGAGUGCAUCAAGAUGUACAACUCCGACUGGCAGGUCAUCAACUACAAAUACGAGGCGUACUCCGGAGACUUCCGCAUGCUGCCGAGCAAAGGCCUGAAGACAGAGAAGCUGCCGAACCACGUUUUCGAGGUGGACGAGGAUGCCAAGGACGAGGACUCGUCAUCACUCUGCUCUCAGAGGGGAGGUGUGAUGAAGCAGGGCUGGCUGCAGAAGGCCAACAUCAACAGCAGUCUGUCUGUAUCCAUGCGGGCCUUCAAGCGUCGGUACUUCUACCUGUCCCAGCUCCCAGAUGGCUCCUACAUCCUCAACUCUUACAAGGAUGAGAAGAACUGCAAGGAGACCAAAGGUUCAAUCUACCUGGACUCGUGCAUCGAUGUUGUUCAGUGCCCAAAGAUGAGGAAGAACGCCUUUGAGCUGAAGAUGCAGGAACGCUACAGCCACUUCCUGGCUGCGGACAGCGAGGCGGAGAUGGAGGAGUGGGUGGCCACACUGAGGCAGGCCUUGCAGAGCAGCACUGAGGGCGGCCAGGAGAGGAGGAACGGAGCCGACCCGCUGGACUGCGCCCUGGAUGAGGACGCCAGUAGUCAGGGGAAAGCGGAGACCGUGAUGGAGAGCCUUGGAAGGAGCCUACAUCCAGAACUCACAAAGUAUGCCAGGGAGACAGACCAGCUCAAUAAAAUCAACCGGAAUGAAGGGAGACACAAGCUGUUUUCACUGGACCCUGAAACACAGAAACUGGACUUCUCAGGCAUCGAGCCAGAUGUCAAGCCAUUCGAGGAGCGGUUCGGCCGGCGCAUCAUGGUCAGCUGUCACGACCUGACGUUCUCCCUGCAGGGCUGCGUCAGCGAGAAGAACGACGGUGUCCUGACAAACGUGGAGCCCUUCUUCAUCAGCCUGGCCCUGUUCGACGUGGCAAAGAGCUGCAAGAUCUCGGCCGAUUUCCACGUGGACCUGAACCCUCCCUGCGUCCGGGAGAUGCUGGCGGAGAGCUCCGUCCAGGCAGGUUCAGACACCGACGGCACCGGGGGCAACGGACUGCCCAUCCUCCAGAGAGUGUCCGAGUCGCUUCUGCGUUUCCCCACACAGGGGAUAUUCUCAGUGACCAACCCGCACGCCGACAUCUUCCUGGUGGCCCGCGUGGAGAAGGUGCUGCAGAAUGGGAUCACACAUUGUGCUGAGCCCUACAUCAAGACCUCCGACGUCAGCAAGACUGCGCAGAAAGUGCUGAAGGCUGCAAAGCAGACGUGCCAGCGCCUGGGCCAGUACCGGAUGCCUUUCGCCUGGGCAGCCAAACAGGUGUUUAAAGAUGCCCAGGGGAGCCUGGACAUGGAUGGGAAGUUCUCCCCUCUGUACCGCCAGGACAGCAGUAAGAUCUCCACUGAAGACCUCAUGAAGCUGCUGGCAGAGCUCAAGAAGCCAGAGAAGAGCAAGCUGCAGAUUAUUCCCGGGCAGCUGAACGUCACCAUCGAGUGUGUACCCCCAGAUUUCUCCAAUUCGGUCACCUCCUCCUACAUCCCCGUCAAGCCCUUUGAGGAGCAGUGCGAGAGGGUCUCCGUGGAAACGGACGAGUUCCUCCCUGAGGAGGCCAAGUACAACCACCCCUUCACCGUGUACAAGCAUCACCUCUACAUCUACCCCCUGCAGCUUAAGUACGACAACCAGAAGACCUUUGCCAAGGCGAGGAACAUCGCCGUAUGCGUGCAGUUCCGUGAUUCGGACGAAGAGGGCGCCGUCCCCCUGAGGUGUAUCUACGGAAAGCCGGGAGAGCCACUCUUCACCACCAGCGCCUGCGCCGCUGUCCUGCACCACAACCAGAGCCCUGAGUUUUAUGACGAGAUUAAGAUUGAGCUGCCUGUCCACAUUCACGAGAAGCAUCACAUCCUGUUCACCUUCUACCACAUCAGCUGUGAGUUCAGCACCAAGAAGAGGGAGGGAGUGGAGUCUCUGGUGGGUUACUCCUGGGCUCCGCUGCUGAAGGAGGGCCGGAUGCAGUCCUCAGAGCUGCAGCUGCCUGUGUCUGCCACCCUGCCCCCGGGGUACCUGUGGGACAAGAGCCAAGACGCCAAGAAGUCAGCGCCGGACAUUAAGUGGGUGGAAAACGUCAAGCCGCUUUUUAAAGUGCGGACGCAGGUGGAGUCGACCAUCUACACUCAGGACCUCCACCUGCAUAAGUUCUUCCAGCACUGUCAACUGAUGAGGUCAGGCUCAGAGGACAGUCCAGCUGAACUCGUCAAGUAUUUAAAGUGCCUGCAUGCUAUGGAGACCCAGGUCAUCGUUAAGUUCCUUCCAACCAUCUUGGUCCAGCUGUUUGAGGUCCUCACCACGGCAACCAAAGAGUCCCAUGAGAUCGCUGUAAACUCCACGCGCGUGAUCAUCCACAUCGUCUCCCGGUGCCAUGAGGAGGGUCUGGACCAAUACCUGCGCUCGUUUCUCAAGUACGUGUUUGUGACAAACAAGGCGGUGGGCGGCAACUCGAUGACCACACACGAAGUCCUGGCCACCGCCGUGACCGCCAUACUGAAACAGACCGCCGAUGUCAUCACCAGCAACAAGCUGCUCAGGUAUUCCUGGUUCUUCUUGGAGACCAUGGCCAAGUCAAUGGCUCAGUAUCUCCAGGAGGGGAACCGUAUGAAGAUUCCCCGCACACAGAGGUUCCCAGACAGCUACCACCAGGCCCUGCAGUCCCUGCUGCUAUCCACAUUGCCCCACAUCACAAUCCGGCACGCAGAGAUCCCAGAGGAGGCACGCUGCAUCAACCUGAGCCUGGCCAACUUCAUCAAGCGCUGUUUUACAUUUAUGAACCGUGGGUUUGCCUUUAGCCUGGUCAAUGACUACAUGUGCGGCUUCAGCCUUAAAGACCCCAAGGUGCUGACGGAGAUGAAGUUCGACUUCCUCAUGACGGUGUGUAACCAUGAGCACUACAUUCCUUUGAAUCUGCCCAUGCCGUUCGGCCGAACCAAGCUACAGAGAGUACAGGACUUAAUUUCGUACGCAGUGGAGCGUUUUGGUGCAGUAGACCUGAGCCUGGAGUUCAGCCUGACGGAGGACUACUGCAGGAACCAUUUUCUGGUGGGUCUGCUGCUGCGGGAGGUGGCGGACGGCGUCCACGGCUGCCCAGAGAUCCGGCAGCUGGCGGUGGCCGUGCUCAAGAACCUCAUGGUCAAGCACGCCCUGGACGACAGGUACACCACCUACAAGAACCAGCAGGCUCGGAUCUGCGUUCUCUACUUGCCGCUGUUGGAGCUGCUGUAUCAAAACCUAAAGCAGCUGUCUGCUCGGGACCACCCCCCAACACCCCCCAGCCUGGCCCUCACGACAUCAGGAGAUGACCUGAUGCUGGCAUCAUUGGACCAUCGCAGGACCAGUGCGGCUGUAGACAAGGAGCAAGGGUUUACCGCACAGAAUGGUCAUAUGGUGAGGAGGGAGGACUCCAGGGGGUCUCUGUUUAUGGACGAGAGCAGCGAUGGGAUCCACAGGCGGGGCUCCACGAUGAGCACUCUGCCCCCUGUUGGUCGGCUGGGACAGUACGAGGUCAAGGGCCUGCUGCUGUGUUUCCUGCACAUUGUCAGGACCGUGUCAGAAGACACACUGCUGUCCUACUGGAACAAAGUACCACCUCAGGACAUAAUGAACUUCCUCAGUCUUUUGGAGAUUUGUCUGGUACAGUUCAAAUACGCUGGGAAGAGGAACAUUGCCAGGGGUCAGGACGCCUGGGUGUCCAAGCUUUUCUCUCCAGACAGGAAGUCACAGACCAUGCCCGUCAUGCGGAGCAGAAUGGGCCUCAUGCAGGCUAAGAUCCAGCAGUUCAGCACCAUGGACACCUCGUUCACCCUCAGCACAGGGUCGGUACCCUCAGAGGCUGAGAUCAACCACCAUUCUCUGCUGGAAGGAAACAUCUCCACUGAGGUCUGUCUGACUGUGCUGGACGUUAUCUCUCUCUUCACCCAGAGCUUCAAGAACCAGCUCCUGGACAGCGACGGCCACAACGCCCUGAUGAAGAAAGUGUUCGACGUCUACCUGACCUUCCUGAGGAUCGGCCAAUCAGAGGUGGCGCUCAGGCACGUCUUCGCCUCCCUCAGGGCCUUCAUUAACAAGUUUCCCUCGGCCCUGUUCAAGGGGCGUGUGACGCUGUGCGCUGCCCUGUGCUACGAGGUGCUGAAGUGCUGCGUGUCCAAGCUGGGGGCGCUGCGCGGGGAGGCGUCCGCCCUGCUCUACCUGCUCAUGAGGAGCAACUUCGAGUACACCAAGCGGAAGACCUUCCUGCGCACCCACCUGCAGAUCAUCAUCGCCGUCAGCCAGCUGAUCGCGGACGUGGCGCUAACUGGAAGCUCCCGCUUCCAGGACUCCCUCUCUGUCAUCAACAACUUCGCCAACAGUGACAAGGCCAUGAAGUCGACGGCGUUCCCGGCGGAGGUGAAGGGGCUGACCAUGCGCAUCCGGACGGUGCUGAUGGCCACGGCGCAGAUGCGGGAGCACGAGCGUGACCCAGAGAUGCUGCUGGACCUGCAGUACAGCCUGGCCCGCUCCUACGCCAGCACCCCGGAGCUGCGCAAGACCUGGCUGGACAGCAUGGCGCGGGCCCACGUCAAGAACGGCGACUUCUCCGAGGCCGCCAUGUGUAACGUCCAUGUGGCAGCGCUGGUGGCGGAGUACCUGCACAGGAAGAAAAUGUUUCCCAGUGGCCUUGCAGCCUUUAAGAAGAUCACACUGAACAUUGAUGAGGAGGCAGCCAUGAAGGAGGAUACUGGCAUGCAGGACGUCUACUACAGCGAGGAGGUCUUGGUGGAACACCUGGAGCUGUGUGUGGAUGGACUCUGGAAGGCUGAGAGAUACGAGCUGAUCACACACAUCGCCAAGCUCAUCAUCCCUGUCUAUGAGAAGCGGCAUGAGUUUGAGAAACUGAGUCGACUGUAUGACACACUCCACCGCGCCUACACCAAGGUGUUGGAGGUGAUGCACUCAGGCCGAAGACUUCUGGGGACCUACUUCAGGGUGGCCUUCUAUGGACAGGGGUUCUUUGAGGAGGAGGAUGGGAAGGAGUACAUCUACAAGGAGCCCAAACUGACCGGCCUAUCAGAGAUCUCCCACCGCUUGCUUAGCCUCUACGGAGACAAGUUUGGAGCAGAAAACGUCAAGAUCAUUCAGGAUUCCAACAAGGUGAACCCCAGAGAGCUGGACCCCAAGUUCGCCCACAUCCAGGUGACCUUCGUGAGGCCAUAUUUCGACGAGAAGGAGGCGUCGGAGAGGCGCACGGACUUCGAGAAGAGGCACAACAUCAACCGCUUCAUGUUCGAGACGCCGUACACGCUGUCGGGGAAGAAGCACGGGGGUGUGGAGGAGCAGUGCAAACGCAAGACCGUGCUCACAACCGCCAACACAUUCCCCUAUGUGAAGAAGCGGGUGGAGGUGGUGACGGAGAAGCAGGUGGAGCUGAAGCCCAUCGACGUGGCCAUCGACGAGAUGCGGGACCGCACCUGCGAGCUGCAGAGGCUGUGCUCCAGCCCGGACGUGGACAUGAUCCAGCUGCAGCUCAAACUGCAGGGCUGCGUCUCUGUGCAGGUGAACGCGGGUCCGAUGGCCUAUGCCCGGGCCUUCCUGGACGAUGCCAGGUCCAGCCAGCACAGCAGCAAGAAGGUGAAGGAGCUGAAGGAGAUUUUCCGGAAUUUCGUCCAGGCCUGCAGCAUGGCCCUGGACAUCAACGAGCGCCUCAUCAAGGAGGAUCAGUUUGAGUACCAGGAAGGGCUGAAGGGCAACUUCAAGGACAUGGUGAAGGAGCUGUCGGAUAUCAUCCAUGAGCAGAUCUUCCAGGAGGACAUGAUGUGCUCCCUGCUGCAGAACUCUCUGCAUGUGUUCCGUGCCAUCAGCGGGACCUCCACUGACCUGGACUAGGGUCCUCAGCGCCUCACCACCAACCCCCCGAACC